AUGACACAGGCAGCUUCAUUUUCGGACAAAACUAAUCCAAUGAAUGCUCUUGCACCUCGUAACCUCCGCCGACAGAUCGAUGGGGUAACUAACGGGGCUGCCCUCCCUAAUCCACUCACAGCUGUUAGUUUUCUCCCUGAUUCUGUAAGACUUCCUGCGGAAAUUGAAGCCUCCUAUCUCAACCUUCUUGCUAUGAACUCCCACAUUCUCUCACCUUUUGCGAGACAAAUUCUGCUAGGCAAUCGAAAUCUCCCAACUCUGAAUCCUAAAAGACCUAUAGUUCCAUCUCUACCACCUCAAACAAUCACAAACUUUUCCAGUCAAUCGUCUAGCUCUGCGAUCCCUUCUACUUCGAUCUCCUCCUCCUCCUCCUCCUCCUCCUCCUCAUUCUCUCUACCAAGAGUUCAUGAAAUUGAGGAGACGGGUGAACUGGUCUACAGUAUCGUUGAAGGGGAAAAAGUGAUGGGCUUCAACGUCUGGGGUGAAGUUCGCCUCUGUUUGCCGCAUUUGCUGAGGUUUGUUCUCAAUGAUGUGGAUAUCGACGAGAUCGGGCAAGCCAUUUCAAAACUCCGCAUUGCCUGCACUAAGUGCUCCUCUCGCCAACUGGCAAUGCUACAUGGAUGCAAUGCUCUGCCAGGUGAGGUUACUUCAUGUGGCCUGAUUCGAAAGAGCGAUGCUGAACGAAUGUUAAAGUUUCUGCGAUCGUCGCGUCGAAGACCCACUUUAGCUGAUGCCUGCACGGAUGUCAAUGUAACUGAUGGAAAGGUCUUCUUUUCCAAACAGACGGAGAAUAUAAAAUUUGCAGAGGUGAGAGAUGCAACCCUUGGAAAUUUCAUUGACGUGCGGCACGAUUGUUUUGGGAUGCAGAGAGGUCGAGUUUAUCCCCAUCUCUACAACUCUGUCUCGUCGCCGUGCAUAGUCUGUCGAACAUGCAACAAGCUCUUCUCACCGCAGGAUUUCGUUGGUCAUACUCAUUCUGUCAACGAGUCAGAUGGCUGUUGCCACUGGGGCUUCGAUUCCACAAAUUGGAGGUCAUACCUUCAACUCGAUAUCGACUCUACCGGUCGGCAGAAGAAGGUCAAACGCGAGGGUAGCGACUCUGGAGAGGAGGAAAACUCGGAUGUCCGCACCUACCGUGCUCUUAGGGAUUUUAAGGUCAAGUUUCUUAAGCCUCUGCAUUUACCAAACGAAAUCACAAAGAUUGUACUCGGAUCGGAGGGGCAUAUGGUUGAUGUUAAAAAUCAGCAACUACUUCAACCUUCAAAUGAGACUCAGCCUCUUGACUGCUCCACAAACAAACCUCCAAGCACAGCGCCUUCCUCCAUCGUUCUUGACGUUCUUCGACCUGCUUCGGAGGAUCAGCAACAGGCUCCAGACGACCCCCGGCUGGAAGUCCACCUGCGUCCUAAUCUCAAAAUCCGUCGACUUUGGGCUCCCCAUCAGGGUUGUCUGCGCAUUCCCAAUCCCCCAAAACUCAUAUCUGAUUGUCCUCGAGGUCCAAAGCCUCGAAAUUUGUCCUCCGGCCCACCGGUCCUCCUAGAUCCCAGUUGCAUAGUAACCAAAGAUUCCGCUCAACUCUACGGCCGUGAUUUCAUUCCUAACGUCUGUUUGAAACCUGUGACCACCGCGGUAUCGACAGGACCGGGUGGACAGUCACAGCUGCACCUCUCAAGGAGCCUUCCCAGCGUUCCUUCAAAUGAGGAUAUAGUCGCCUCAGCAGCAGAGAAACGGCUCUCUGAAGCAGACCUCUUUCCCGAUCCAAAGGUCUCAGGCGGUCAUCGUAGUAGACCAGUCCUUCGCGGCUCGGGGAUUCCACCUUCGACGGAUUUCAGCCUCUUCCAGCACUCCAACCAGGGCCUUAAUUCCAUUGAUAGCUCACCCGCAAGAGCGCGGCACUCCAGCUCUGUGCAUGAUGCUGCAGUACUAGCCUUCUCUAAUCCUCUCGAUUUGCAUAAGCGAUGUGCCACGGAAGAGGUAUUUCGAUGUCCCUCAGUCGACUCUGUGCCUGCUCCGUCUUUCCGAAGGCAACUGAGUCGAACUACAUCCGAUCCGGCCAUCAACAUCUCCGCCGUUCGAUCGGGUGCGAAGCGAGGGCGCGCUGGUUCAUGGCUGUUAACACCCACCUCCCCCAGCAUUUCUCUCUCGAGAAGGAAGCGUCUGCUGGAGACCUCGGGGUCGAGUAGAGAGGACCAAGUUUACGCAUUCAGAUCGGUUGAAAACAGACGCUUAACCACCUCAGAGGAGUCCUCUCUCCAUCAACUGCAGAAUCAGUCCCAGAACUGGUUUUCAGCGGACUCAGUGUUGAGUCAAACCACUCCUGAGAUGCUUAUCAAUCUGGCAACUGAUGCCAAUCCCAGAAUCCCUAGCAUCAUUGCCCAUUGGACCAGCACGCUGGAGCGUGUUGACCAGUUCUGCAAUUCUAUUGUACCCACCGACGAAUCAGCUAAACGCCACUUUAACUUCGAGAGGCAGAAGUUAAUGGUGGAUCUAAAUAUUCUUCGUGAGAAGAAUCUUCUUGACCUAUCCAUGAUCCUGAAGGACAAUAAGAGGCUCUGGAAGGUCUUAACGGACGCCGUCCUACUAACUGGCUCCUCUCCCUCCCUCACCCCCAACACUCUUGCUCCGCCUUGCGGAGUCAUUCCCGGAGUGGCCGAUGCUGAUCAGAUUACCAGAAUGAUAAAUCUUCUCCAAGGUUUCAAGCCGAAGGCUACUGGCUCUGAAUUUAAAGUUGAGUUUGUCCCAUCAUCACAGAAUUUCCGACAAUCUGGUACCAUGGUAACCACGGGAUAUCAGCUGAACGAACAGAAUCGACAGUUUUGGCCAUCCUCAAACAUAGGCUACCGAGCAGCUACUCCAGAGAUGCUCUGCCCAACAUCCCCUUCAAUGCGGACAAAUAGCUUGACGACCGCUGCCAACGGGGUCGAGACUCCACCGCUGACUUCCGGUGACUUCCUGCUGCCCUCCAAGCGCCAACGCCUAUUUCGACAUUCCUACUCAGCCAACAGCAACCUCAAUCCAUGA